AUGACGGUGACGAACUUAUGGUCGCUCCUGAACGACCAUGGCGUCGUCGAAGUCAUCGACGCGUCGGAUGCGUCGGACGAGAACGCGCAUCCGUCGAUACGCGACCGCGUCGAGGGCAAGGUGCUCGCCGUAGACUUAGCGGAGUGGAUCUUCCAGGCCACGUCGCAGCCAGCCACCGCGGAGCUGUUCACCCCGGAAGGGCAAGUCGCGAAGGUCGUGUUCGAGCGCGCCGCGAACUGGCUCCGGCACGGGUGCAUCCCGAUCGGCGUCAUCGACGGCGUCCCGCCGCCAGAGAAACUCGCGCGCAUGAAACAGCGACACGGUAUGGGCGCCACGGGGUGCGGCGGCGGCGUCUUCGGACGACUCGGCGACGUCGCCGCGCGAACGCUGCGGGCGUUGGGUUUACCCGCGGUGGAAGCCCCCGGGGAGGCGGAGGCCACGUGCGCGGCGAUGAACGCCGCGGGGCUCGUCGACGGAUGCGCCACCUCGGACGGCGACGCGCUGUUGUUCGGCGCGAGGGUGCAGUUCAAAACGAUCAAGCUCUUCGCGGACGCCCCGGAGCAGUCGCGGAUCGAACGGUGCGAAGCGUCGUGGUUACGGGAAACGAUGCGGCUCCCCGGGGACGAGCACGAGGGCGUGAGCGACGCGCUCGUCGCGCUCGCGCUGCUCGCGGGCGGGGACUACGACCCGGACGGCGCGAAGCGAGUGGGGAGCGCGCUCGCGUCGAGGGUCGUGAAGGGACUCGCCGCGGAGGAUGCGCGCGAGCGGCGGAAAAGCGGCAGCCCCGGGUUGCGGCCGUCGACGACGACGCUCCCGCGGCGGCUGGACGCGUUUCUGGAAGCUCCCGCGGACGACGACCUCGAGGCCAUCGGCAAGCGCGGCUGCACCGGGUGCGUGCGGUGCAAGCACGAGGGCGGGGGGAAGUGCAAGAAGCAGCGGCACGUCCACGGAUGCGAGGCUUGCGGGACCGAGAGCGGGUGCGUCGAACGCGACGGCCCGUGCGAGUGUGCGUUUCACAGCACCGAGGACUUACGGUGGAUGGAUAAGGUCCGGCGGCGCGCGAAAGCGACGGAAGGGUACGUCGGCGGGAGCUUCCAGCGCGCGGCGAAGGCGUACGCGAAGCAGGCGUCGAUCGCGGCGGCGGCGUUGCCGCGCGCGCGAGACGUCGCCGCCGCGCGCCGCGGCGGCGGCGGCGGGUCGUUUUCGCGCCUCGCGUGGACGCGGCGGCCGGACACCGCGGCGGUGUCCGAGAUCCUCGCGCUGUGCGACAUCCCCGAUCGGCGCGCGCGGGAGAAGCUGCUUCCCGUGCUCCUGGAGUGGGACAUUCGAGCCGCGGCGGUGACCGGGGCGCCGUCCGCGGGGUUGGAGUUUACCGCGGCAUCGAUCACGAAAGUCGCGGGGCACAGAGGCGUCGGCCGCAGGUGGCGGCACCUCCUCGAGAUCGCCGCGGUCGAUCCGAACGAGGCGGUCAACGCGGCGAGGUUGAAAGCGCAGCUGAAAGCGAAGCGCGCGGCGGCGAACACCCCGGGAGGGGCGCGCGAGAUCGCUCUGGACGACGACGACGACGAAGACGGGCUCGGCGCGUCUGAAAUCGCGCGCGACUUGGAGUUUUUAUCCCAUCACCGACCGCACCGCAGCGUUAGAAUGGGGUUGAUUCGCGAGGCCUUCCCCGAGCUCGUCGCCGCGUUCGAAGCGCCGCCGACGCCGAAGACGAAGACGAAAGGCAAGGGGAUGGGCGGAAAAACCCCGGGGGUGAAACGCGUGGACCCGAAGACGCCGACGCCGAGGAAGACGACGCCGCGGAAGACGACGCCGCGGGGGAUCCCGCGCGAGCGUUCCCCGACGCAACACGCGAUCACAGGGUUCAUGCGGUCGCGUAAGACGCUCUUCCCGGACGCGCCGGCGGCGACGUCGAUCGCGGAAGCGCUGAGAACGCCGGUGUUGAUUAAAGCGGACGCGCACGUCACGUCGCCGCUGUCCGUCGGCUCGGAGGGCUCCGAGGAGUUGCUCACCGGCGGGUUGACUUCGUACCGGGAAAAGUACGGGUACCCGACGACAGGGAAGAAGCCGCCGCCGGUGGAGGCGGCGGCGGCGGCGGCGGCGGGCGUAGGCGACGACGAGGUUAAAUCGUCGCAAGAGUUUGCGUCUCCGACCCCAGCGCAGCGCGCGCGUGAACGGAGAGACUCCGUGGAAGUUGUAGACCUCGUGACGCCUCCGUCGCCGGAGACGAGGGCGCGGGCGACCGCCGCGGCCGGCGGCGGCGGCGGCGGCGGGUCUUCCCUACCCUCCUCGCCGCUCGUGUCUCCUACGAAAAGGAUGCGUCAGGAAGGCAUCAAGGCGUUCAUGUCGCCGGCGAAGAAGCCGGCGACGCCGAAGACGAGCGACAGCGUCGUCGUUCUCAGCGACAGCGACGAGGAUUAA